GGUGCACCAAGUUGGGGCCUCCACGUCCACAUGGGUCGCACGUGUUUCGCUCUCCCAUAUCGUAAGACUAGGGUGCUUUCUCGGGGAACAACCGUUGGAGUCGGUCGCCUUUUUUUGAAUUUUAGUUCUCGUCCUCCUCGAACAAAUGGCAACGGCUUCUUCUUUCGCGAGGCGGUUGGGCGCCGCCGUGCGGGAGGUGAGCUUAAAGAAAGGGGCCGGAGGUUGGUACGGCCCUCACAUGGCCGCCGCCGAGCGGGCCGUCCUCGAGCGGAUCCCGCUUGUUGAUCUCGUCGUCGAAGUCCGCGACGCCAGGAUACCCUUUACAUCAGCUUUUGAGUCUCUGAGACAAAGAGUCUGUUCUCAUAAGCAUAUGAUUUUGCUUAACAAGGUGGAUCUUGCAAAUCGCUCACUGACAGAAAAAUGGAUGAAGCACUUUGAAAACCAGAAUCGUCUUUGCUAUGGAGUCAAUGCCCACAACAAGGACAACAUCAAGGAGCUUCUGAGCAUUGUACGAGCCAAGAUCAAGGAAUUAAAGGUUGGUGAGAGUACGUACACUGCAACAGUUAUGUUGGCUGGGAUUCCAAAUGUCGGCAAAUCGGCCAUCACCAAUUCCAUGCAUCAAAUUGGUAGAAUAAGUGCUGCAGAAAAGGGAAAAUUGAAGCAUGCUGUAGUGAGCCCACAACCUGGGGAGACAAAAGAUAUUAGCAGUUACAAGAUUGCCAGCCAUCCCAACAUAUAUAUAUUGGACACUCCAGGUGUUCUAUCCCCUAAAAUUGCUGAUGAUGACUCAGCUUCCAAACUAGCUUUGACAGGAACUGUUAAGGACUCGUUGGUAGAAGAAUGCAAGCUUGCUCGAUAUUUCCUUGCUGUCCUUAACUCGUCAGAGGAAUACAAACAUUGGGAAAACCUUAAAGAUGCAGUAGAUGACACAUUAUCUUUAAAUAGUAGAGAAAAACUCAUGGCAGGCUGUCAUACUGACCAGAAAAGGAGAAGACAAUAUUCUUCAGAUCACACACAGCCCUGUGCAGGACUUCAUUGUAAAGGAUGUUCGUGUGACCCUGUUCAAGACUAUAUCAUCAUUUAGUGACUACUUGGAAAAAGAAAAUGAAAUGGAAAGGCUGAUUGAAUCUCAGUUUAUGGCCUUACAAGAAGCUUUCAGAGUGUCUCUAGAAUCAAGGGAGGAUAGAUAUAAAGCAAUUGCUGCAAAGCUACUCAACCUAUACCGGACUGGAAGACUUGGCCGAUACACCUUGGAUCUUGUUCCAAGCAAUAUGCAGGAAUUUAUUUAGUAAAAACAUACCCGCAUGCUUCAGAGAAAAGGUGGUAUUGUAUUAGAUUGAGCUAGCAGGAUAGGCAUCUAACUUUCAAGGGCAAGAGUUGCUGGGUCAAGACUGGACAUGCAGGCUUAUUUUAGAGGUCCUCGCAAUCAUGAAAUAAGCCAGAGAAGACAUCACAUGGCUCAGAAAAUCUCAGGCAUCCUGGUUAGGGAUCUUUUGUUUGCAGCUCAUCUGAAUUAUAAUAUCUUCUUUUCCAGCAUAAGACAAUAACUACAAUGCAAUGGAGACUAGGCUUCCUAUCACUCUGCUGAUUGGGACACCACAUGGAUCUGACGAUCUCUAUUACUCUCAUUACACUUAUCUUCGCAGCUCACCUCCAUUGCAAUGCCAUCUUGCCCAGAGAACUCCUUGAAAUUUGCAGCCCUUCCCAAUUCUUCC